UAUGCACAGUUGUUAGAAACCUUAUCUUUUUCAAAAAAACAAAAAACAAAACCAAAGUGGAUUUUAAAAAGUGUUUUUGAGUCACUUAAUUACACAACACCUUGUCUCUUUGGAAACAAACAGUAAACGCAGGCUGGCAUCCUACCUCCUCGUGCAUGCAUUCUCAAGCUUGUACGUCUAAAUCAUCAACACCAAUAUCUUAACAACUUCACUGUCCCUCUACCCUUUUAUUUUUCCGUAAUAAGGAAGCUUCCUUAAGACACAAUCACUUAGCUGUUACCAAUUAUUCUAUUGUCCGUACUGUCAAUGGAUACUUCCUGCACUUCUUCCUCGGUAUCUGAGAUCUACUGCACCAGAUAUGGCCCUUUCUUACUCAUCUUUCAUUCUAUAUAAUUGCGCUGAGAGUUUCUUAUCCGAAAUUGAUCGUUACCCAAUUGAACAGUAUAUACCUAAUAAGCUGCAUGAACUGAUCUCUCUCUCUCUCUCUCUCUAUAUAUAUAUAUAUAUAUAUAUACACAAACACACAUAUACACACACACAUAUACAUAAUCCUCAAAGCCCAUUAAGGUUCUUCUUCGAAAUAUGUCGGGCAUGAAUUUCAAUGCUCUCAGGGACAUGCACAACUCAGCUAAUGAUCUGCUUCAUUCCCCAGGUAUCCAACAAGCUCUAAUACACCAUGGGCUGGAGAAAUGGGUCAACCAAGUUUCAGAAGCCUCCCUAACAAUGUUAGACGUCUGUGGCAUCUCCAAAGACGUUCUGUUGCUCGUCAAGGAACAUCUACAAGACCUCCAAUUCACGCUCCGCAGAGUAAGUAAGAGUGCAGAUUCUGAUAUAGGCGACAAAAUCGCAGCCUACAAUCGGUACAGAAAAAAGUUAAAGAAGGAAACUUUCAAGUGCUUGCACUCACUAAAAGCCAUGAAGGUGAAAUCCGUUAUCACUUCAGGUAUGGAAACAACUGCAGGAGACCACAACCUUAGGGUUGUGGUAGAUGUGCUGAGAGAAGUUAGGGUUACUGCUAUCUCUGCAGUGGAGUCCUUGUUGUCUCUCAUUUCCAUUCCUUGGCUUGACAGAAAAUCGAGUAAAGGGUCUUUUCCCUCCAUGUUUAUGCGUUCCAGUAGCCAGGAUCUGUAUGAUUUUUGCGAUGAGAUGGCCGUUCAAAGUGCCAACAAGAGACUGGAAGCUGUGGAGAUCGCCAUUGAAGACCUUGAAGUUGAGUUAGAGUGCAUAUUUAGGCGUUUGAUUCAGACAAGAGUGUCACUCUUAAAUAUACUUACCAACUAGCUAUAUAAUUAAGUAAAUUGGUCUUCCCAUAUGGCAAUUCCCAUUGUUUCAAGGGGCUGCAGAGUCUAACUAAAUAUAUAUACGUUAAUGUCUCACACAUGACCUUAUAAGUACACAUGAAUAUGUAUUUAUGUAAAAAGAAAAGGGCUAAAUUUAACAAAAGCUUGGUGGGAAACUAAGUGGACUUACGCGUCGUUAACCUUUUAGUCUAAUGUACUCAUUUAUUAUUUUUGAAUAAGCAUUAGAAUGCUGAUUUACUGGUGUAAAUCUUGAAAAAAUCUGAAUUGGAAAGAAAAAUUGUCCUGAAUUAGCAUUUGAAUGGACAUAGCUAUUUUCCAAU